AGGGGUUUUUUUUAAACCUUGUUAGCAUUGCCUUGUUUUUACAAUUUACUUGCCAGAAGUAAUUUUUAAAACCUGCUUAAACAGAUUCAUUUUUCAAGUAUUCCUUAUUAUAAACUGUGUGCCUAUGCAUGUCAGGAUUAAGCCUUCCUUAAAAAAGGAAGAAAGACAGAACUCUUUAUUGUCUGUUUUGACGUUAAUAAAAUUAAGAAAAGAACGAAUACUUGAGACUCAGCCUUACCUGGCUUAGUUUUGUCACGUGAGCAUUCACGUUUACUGGUGAUCUGUGUGCUCCACCUGCCUUUCAGUUUGUUUACCAGGAAAUCAAGAUGUGUAAACUGCAGGAAGUACUAUUUGACCCUCUCCGACAGUAUCUCAUUACAAUAAUUGCUAAUCUCUGAAUAAGACAGCCAUGUUUUGUGAGUAACUGAGAGAGAGAGGUUGUGUUAGGUAGAUUUUAGGUGUUUCAACAAAUAGAGCAUUGUAAAUGCUUACUUGGAUUAUGUUUUCACCAUAGCGUUUGAUAAAAGACAUAUGGUGACCUUUGGGGUCAGCAAAGCUAGGACACAAUAGUAGCUGUUCUUUCCUGCCUUUUAAUUGAGAAAUAUCACGGCUUGUUUGGGAGUGCUGUCACUGCUCUGAAUCGAAAGGAUAAUGGCUACUUCCUGAUUAAACCCACUCUCCACAAUAUGGAGUCUGGAGAACGAUUACCAUCCUCAACAGCCUCCUCUACUACACCAACUUCAUCAUCUGUACCGUCUGUGGCUCCAUCAGUUUCAAAAGGCGGCCUUUCCACUGGAGCUGCUUCACUUAGCUCUACAGUCAACCCAUGUGGACAUUUAUUCAGAGCAGCUGGGGAUCAACCGUUUAACCUGUCCACAGUGUCGAGUGCCUUCCCAAUGGUCAGCCACCCAGUCUUUGGUCUACAUUCAGCCAGCUCAGGGCAUUCAGAAUUUGGUGGUUUGGGGACACUUGCUACACCCACAGCCUUAGCCGCACAUCCCCAACUAGCAUCUUUUCCAGGUGCAGAAUGGUGGCGAACAACAGAUGUUCAUACUCGUACAGGGGCAACCUUCUUUCCACCAUUACUGGGAAUUCCACCACUGUUUGCUCCUCCAGCCCAGAAUCAUGAUUCUUCUUCAUUCCAUUCAAGGACUUCAGGAAAAAGUAAUCGAAAUGGUCCUGAGAAAGGUGUAAAUGGGUCAAUUAAUGGAAACAGUACAUCAUCUGUAUCUGGUAUCAACACAUCUGUACUAUCCACUACUGCUUCAAGUUCCGUGGGACAAACUAAAAGUAUAAACUCAGGUGGAGGAAAUCGGAAGUGUAAUCAGGAACAAAACAAAAACCAGCCUUUGGAUGCUAGAGCUGAGAAAAUCAAAGAUAAGAAACCAAGGAAGAAAGCUAUGGAAAGUUCUAGCAACAGUGAUAGUGAUUCAGGCACAUCCUCAGACACCUCAAGUGAAGGCAUUAGUAGCAGUGAUUCAGAUGAUCUAGAGGAAGAUGAAGAAGAAGAUCAAAGUAUUGAAGAAAGCGAAGAUGAUGAUUCUGAUUCAGAGAGCGAAGCACAACAUAAAAGUAACAACCAGGUGCUAUUACAUGGUAUUUCAGACCCAAAAGUAGAUGGACAGAAAGCAACUGAAAAAGCCCAGGAAAAAAGAAUACACCAGCCAUUACCUCUUGUGUCUGAAUCCCAGACUCACUCGUCAUUCCAAUCCCAGCAGAAGCAGCCUCAGGUUUUGUCACAGCAGCUUCCAUUUAUUUUCCAAAGCUCUCAGGCAAAGGAGGAAUCUGUGAACAAACACACAAGUGUAAUACAGUCUACGGGAUUGGUGUCCAAUGUGAAACCUUUGUCUUUGGUAAAUCAAGCCAAAAAGGAAACCUAUAUGAAACUCAUAGUUCCUUCUCCUGAAGUACUUAAAGCAGGGAAUAAAAAUACCUCUGAAGAAUCUAGUCCUUUGACCAGUGAAUUGCGAUCCAAACGGGAACAAUACAAACAGACAUUCCCAGCACUGUUAAAGAAACAGGAGUCCUCUAAGAGCCUGAAGAAGGUUAUUGCAGCUUUGUCAAAUCCAAAAGCAACCUCUAGUUCACCAGCACAUCCAAAACAAACAUUAGAAAACAACCACCCUAAUCCAUUCUUGACAAAUGCACUUUUAGGUAAUCAUCAACCAAAUGGAGUUAUUCAAAGUGUCAUUCAAGAAGCUCCUCUAGCACUUACUACCAAAACUAAAAUGCAGAGUAAGAUUAAUGAAAACAUUGCUACUGCAUCCAGCACCCCUUUUUCCUCACCUGUAAAUUUGAGUACAAGUGGGAGAAGAACCCCUGGCAAUCAGACAACUGUAAUGCCCUCUGCGUCUCCCAUACUGCAUAGUCAAGGGAAGGAAAAAGCAGUUAGCAAUAAUGUAAACACAGUAAAAACACAGCAACACUCUCAUCUUCCAAAAUCUUUAGUGGAACAGUUUAGAGGAACAGAUUCAGACAUUCCCAGUAGUAAAGAUUCUGAAGAUUCAAAUGAGGAUGAAGAGGAAGAGGAUGAGGAAGAAGAUGAGGAAGAUGAUGAAGAUGAUGAAUCUGAUGAUAGCCAAUCAGAAUCAGAUAGUAAUUCAGAAUCAGAUACAGAAGGAUCAGAAGAAGAUGAUGAUGAUGAUAAAGACCAAGAUGAAUCAGAUAGUGAUACUGAAGGAGAGAAAACUUCAAUGAAAGUGAAUAAAACAACUUCCUCUGUCAAAAGCCCUUCCAUCAGUCUCACAGCUCACUCAACACCUCGUAACCUCCACAUAGCACAAGCCCCAGGCUCUGCUCCUGCUGCCUUAUGUUCUGAAUCCCAGUCACCUGCUUUUCUUGGCACACCUUCUUCCACACUUACUUCAAGUCCAAACUCUGGCAGUUCCAAAAGAAGAAGAGUAACAGAUGAGCGUGAACUGCGUCUUCCUUUGGAAUAUGGCUGGCAAAGAGAGACGAGAAUAAGAAACUUUGGAGGGCGCCUUCAAGGAGAAGUAGCAUAUUAUGCUCCAUGUGGAAAGAAACUUAGGCAGUACCCUGAAGUAAUAAAGUAUCUCAGCAGAAAUGGAAUAAUGGAUAUCUCAAGGGACAAUUUCAGCUUCAGUGCAAAAAUAAGAGUGGGUGACUUCUAUGAAGCCAGAGAUGGACCGCAGGGAAUGCAGUGGUGUCUUCUGAAAGAAGAGGAUGUCAUUCCCCGUAUCAGGGCAAUGGAGGGUCGUAGAGGAAGACCACCAAAUCCAGAGAGACAGCGAGCAAGAGAGGAGUCCAGGAUGAGACGUCGGAAGGGUCGGCCUCCGAAUAUUGGCAGUGCUGAAUUUCUAGAUAACACGGAUGCCAAAUUGCUAAGAAAACUGCAAGCUCAAGAAAUAGCCAGGCAAGCAGCACAAAUAAAGCUUUUGAGAAAACUUCAAAAGCAGGAACAGGCUCGGGUUGCCAAAGAAGCUAAAAAACAGCAAGCAAUAAUGGCUGCUGAGGAGAAGCGAAAGCAAAAGGAACAGAUAAAGAUUAUGAAACAACAGGAAAAAAUUAAGAGAAUACAACAAAUCAGAAUGGAAAAAGAACUUCGAGCCCAGCAAAUUCUAGAGGCUAAAAAGAAAAAGAAGGAAGAAGCGGCAAAUGCCAAAUUAUUGGAGGCCGAGAAACGAAUAAAGGAAAAAGAAAUGAGAAGACAACAAGCUGUUCUUCUGAAGCAUCAGGAGUUGGAGAGGCAUAGACUAGAUAUGGUAUGGGAACGAGAGAGAAGGCGACAACAUAUGAUGCUUAUGAAAGCUAUAGAAGCUCGUAAAAAAGCAGAAGAAAAAGAACGAUUGAAGCAAGAAAAACGUGAUGAGAAAAGAUUAAAUAAAGAGCGUAAACUAGAGCAACGAAGACUAGAAUUAGAAAUGGCAAAGGAACUAAAGAAGCCUAAUGAAGACAUGUGCUUAGCAGACCAAAAGCCUUUGCCAGAGUUACCUCGUAUUCCAGGACUUGUUCUCUCUGGAAGUACAUUUUCAGACUGUCUCAUGGUGGUGCAGUUCUUACGAAACUUUGGUAAAGUUUUGGGCUUUGAUGUGAAUAUUGAUGUUCCAAACCUGAGUGUUCUUCAAGAGGGAUUGCUAAAUAUAGGGGACAGCAUGGGUGAAGUGCAAGACUUGCUUGUGAGGCUCCUGUCAGCUGCUGUGUGUGAUCCAGGUCUAAUUACAGGAUACAAGGCCAAAACAUCUCUUGGAGAACAUUUGCUGAACGUUGGUGUGAAUAGAGACAAUGUUUCCGAGAUUUUGCAGAUUUUUAUGGAAGCCCACUGUGGACAAACUGAGCUUACGGAAAGCCUGAAGACUAAAGCUUUUCAGGCUCACACUCCAGCACAGAAAGCCUCAGUCCUGGCUUUCCUGAUCAAUGAACUGGCCUGCAGCAAGAGUGUGGUGAGUGAAAUAGACAAGAACAUUGAUUAUAUGUCAAACUUGAGGAGAGAUAAAUGGGUGGUAGAAGGUAAACUUCGCAAGCUCAGAAUCAUUCAUGCUAAGAAAACAGGCAAAAGAGACACUUCAGGUGGCAUUGAUCUUGGAGAAGAACAGCAUCCAUUGGGCACACCCACUCCAGGACGCAAGCGAAGAAGGAAGGGAGGAGACAGUGAUGAUGAUGAUGAUGAUGACGAUGACAGUGAUGACCAAGCUGAUGAGGAUGAGGAAGAUGAAGAAGAUAAAGAAGACAAAAAAGGAAAAAAGACUGAUAUCUGUGAAGAUGAGGAUGAAGGUGACCAAGCAGCAAGUGUUGAAGAGCUAGAAAAACAGAUUGAAAAACUGAGUAAACAACAGAGUCAGUACAGAAGGAAGCUCUUUGACGCUUCUCACUCUUUGCGUUCGAUGAUGUUUGGCCAGGAUCGUUACAGACGCCGGUACUGGAUCCUUCCUCAAUGUGGGGGGAUUUUUGUAGAAGGCAUGGAGAGUGGUGAAGGACUAGAAGAAAUUGCAAAAGAAAGAGAAAAACUAAAAAAGGCCGAAAGUAUCCAGAUCAAAGAAGAAAUAUUUGAGACUUCUGAGGAUACAAUAAAUUGUUCAAAUCCAGAUCAUUGUGAGCAAAAGGAAGAUCCUAAAGAAAAAGACAACACAAAUCUAUUUCUCCAGAAACCUGGCUCUUUUUCAAAAUUAAGCAAACUUUUAGAAGUAGCUAAGAUGCCUCCUGAGACAGAUGUAAUGACCCCCAAACCAAAUAGUAGUGCAAAUGGGUGCACACUGUCUUAUCAAAACAGUGGAAAACAUUCGCUGGGCAGUAUUCAGUCAACAGCAACACAAAGCAGCAUGGAAAAGACAGACUCUAAUAAUCUGUUCAACACUGGUUCAGGUGGUCCAGGGAAGUUCUACAGUCCUCUCCCCAACGACCAGUUGUUAAAAACGCUGACUGAAAAGAAUAAACAGUGGUUUAGUCUUUUGCCAAGAGCACCCUGUGAUGACGCUUCACUUGCCCAUGCCGGUACGCCAACUGCUUCCUUGGUGACCCCUCAGUCCCAGCCGCCGUCUAAGUCACCUUCGCCUGCCCCUGCUCCUCUUCCUGGACCCUCUUCUGCCCAGAAUCCUGUUGGCCUAAAUGCAUUUGCUUUAUCACCUCUUCAGAUGAAAAGCGGAGUAUCUAUGAUGGGACUCCAGUUUUGUGGAUGGCCCACUGGUGUGCUUACUUCCAAUAUUCCAUUUACAUCACCUUUACCCAGUCUGGGAUCAGGGUUGGGACUAUCAGAAGGAAAUGGUAAUUCAUUCUUGACUCCCAAUGUUGCUUCAAAUAAAAGUGAAUCUCCAGUACCACAGACUGAAAAAGUCUCUUCAACUCAACCUGCAGCUGUUGAAGUAGCAAAACCAGUAGAUUUUCCUAGUCCAAAACCUAUUCCAGAAGAAAUGCAGUUUGGUUGGUGGAGAAUUAUUGACCCAGAGGACCUAAAAGCUUUGCUCAAAGUGCUACAUCUCAGAGGAAUAAGAGAAAAGGCAUUACAAAAACAAAUUCAGAAACACUUGGAUUAUAUUACUCAAGCCUGCAUCAAAAAUAAGGAUGUUGCUAUUAUUGAAUUAAAUGAAAAUGAAGAAAACCAGGUAACUCGAGAUAUUGUGGAGAACUGGUCAGUGGAAGAACAAGCAAUGGACAUGGAUUUGAGUGUUCUUCAACAGGUAGAAGAUCUAGAAAGGAGGGUUGCAUCAGCAAGUUUGCAAGUAAAGGGUUGGAUGUGUCCAGAGCCUGCAUCAGAAAGGGAGGACUUGGUAUAUUUUGAACAUAAGUCAUUUUCUAAAUUGUGCAAGGAGCAUGAUGGAGAAUUUACUGGCGAAGAAGAAAGCAGUGCACGUGCACUAGAACGGAAGAGUGACAACCCCCUAGAUAUAGCUGUAACCAGGCUGGCUGAUUUGGAGCGGAACAUUGAAAGAAGGUAUCUGAAGAGCCCCUUAAGUACCACCAUUCAGAUCAAACUGGAUAAUGUGGGCACAGUUACUGUCCCUGCUCCUGCACCAUCCAUUAGUGGUGAUGGUGACGGAAUUGAAGAGGAUAUUGCUCCAGGGCUCAGGUUAUGGAGAAGGGCAUUAUCAGAAGCUCGCAGUGCUGCACAGGUAGCUCUGUGCAUUCAGCAGUUACAGAAAUCAAUAGCAUGGGAAAAAUCAAUUAUGAAAGUUUAUUGCCAGAUCUGUCGAAAGGGAGAUAAUGAAGAACUGCUCCUCCUUUGUGAUGGCUGUGACAAAGGCUGUCAUACAUACUGCCAUAGACCCAAGAUUACGACUAUACCAGAUGGGGACUGGUUUUGUCCAGCUUGCAUUGCUAAGGCAAGUGGUCAAACUCUAAAAAUCAAAAAACUUCAUGUCAAAGGAAAAAAGACUAAUGAAUCAAAGAAAGGCAAGAAAGUGUCUUUAACAGGGGAUACUGAAGAUGAAGACUCUGCAUCUACAAGUAGCUCACUAAAAAGAGGAAACAAAGACUUGAAAAAAAGAAAAAUGGAGGAAAGCACUUCUAUUAAUUUGUCAAAACAAGAAAGUUUUACUUCUAUUAAGAAACCUAAAAGAGAUGAUGCCAAGGACCUAGCUCUUUGCAGUAUGAUCCUUACUGAAAUGGAAACUCAUGAGGAUGCAUGGCCUUUUCUACUUCCUGUAAACUUGAAACUUGUUCCUGGUUAUAAGAAAGUUAUUAAGAAGCCUAUGGAUUUUUCCACAAUUAGAGAGAAAUUAAGUAGUGGACAGUAUCCAAGCCUUGAAGCCUUUGCUCUCGAUGUCAGGCUUGUUUUUGACAACUGUGAAACAUUUAAUGAGGAUGAUUCUGAUAUAGGUAGAGCUGGCCACAGUAUGAGGAAGUAUUUUGAAAAGAAGUGGACAGAUACCUUCAAAGUGAGCUGAAGUUAUAAGAAUCUUUUCUUUUUCCUUUCAAACAAGGACACAUGAGACCAGCAAUGUGAACUGUAUUUACAUAAAUGUGCAAGGCACAUUCAUAAUGACUUUUUUUCCUUAAAAUAAGUAUCACAAAAAAAAGUAUCAGAAGAAUGAUACCAUUUUUAAAGGCUUCACUCCUACAACAACCAAGGCCCUUGGUUAUUGGUUUGUGUGAUUUGUCAGCUAAUUUAGGUAGAACAGGGAAGCACACCCAAAGAAUUUUCAAAGGAAAGGGUGUUAUAGUGCAAUAGCAAUUAAAAUAUAUCAAAUCGCACUGAAUAUUCAACACCAGAGCUCUAACAUGGGAAACGGUUCUCCUUUCCCUCUCAAUAAAUAUCUAUUUUUCAUUUUUUUACUUUGUAGUUUAUUUUUUAGUGAAUGUAUUUAAUUUUAUGAAUUAUUUAUGAUUAAACCACAUCCAGAAUCUUCGUUUUCUGUGAAAAGGAAGAACUAGAAAAUUGCUUUAAAUCUUGAAACUACAACAAGGAAUGUUUUAAAGUAUAAAACAAAGCCAAGUGAAACUGUUUACACUGAUGUGCUAUAAAGGCACCAAAAAUAAACUUUACUGUAGAGUUACAAGUACAUUUAUAUAUAUAUAUAUGUUGCUGCAUCGCUUGUGUAGUUAAAUUGUAUUUCAAGACAGUGAAGAAAAAUUGACAUGUAUAUACUGUUCAUUAUUGUUUAUAUUAAGUCUUGUUUUAAAUAUGUAUUAUGUGUAUAUAUUGUUUGCAGACAUUAUUGUUUAUGCCUUAGAAGGACUGUAGCAUUUUAUUUUAGUCUGAAGGUAAUUAUAGCUCUACAGCUUGUACAGUAAUUAUCCUCUACCAACACUGUGGCGUCUCCUUGAUCUUGGUAGUGCCUGCCUUUGAAACAGGGUGUAGGGGAUAUUAGUUUUCCAUUUUUCUAUUUUGUUAUAUAAUUUUAAGCCACCAGGGCCUAAAUUAAAGUAUAAUCAUUUGUAUCCAUGUGGAAUAAAAUUGUGACAAUUUCCUACGCACACAGUAUUUUUUCAUAAAAACAUUUCCCUCCCAUUUGCCUUGCCUCAGAAAUAAAUUUAAAAGACAUUUGUAACCACUGUGUUUUAUCUACUGUGUGUUGUGGUGGCCUGUUGGAGGCAAAUAGAUCAGAAUUUUUUUUGUACCUAUGUAAGAGUACUUGAAGUUUUAUUUAAAAUAAAAUGUUGUGGAAAAGGUAGCAUUCUUUUUUUUAGGAGUGUUAUUUUUCACUACUAUGUGUGGCACGGAUACAAUAAAAGACUUUUACAAACUAGUUUUUAGUUUUUCUUAAUGAACCUGAAAAUAUAUUCUUUUCAAAAAGGCAGUUAAAUUAAAUUUUAUUUUUACAGAAUUAUAAAGGAAGAGCAGCAGAAUGUGCUUCAAAGAACAUUAGUCUGAGAGGGCUUAAGUCAAGUAGUGUGACUCUCAUGAGUCUCUGAACCUCUCUGGACCGCAUUUUGUUGUUUUUUCUUUCACAUUUUCCUAUUGAAAAUGUUAGAAUACAUUUUUAAGGUCUUGCUCUGAUAGGAGAAAUGUUUCCAUUGGUAGACGUAUAACCCACUUAUCAAUAAGAAAAACUGGCCAGAUAAAUUAGUCUGCUAAGUCUUGAGAUACAAAUUCAGGCAUUCAUGAACUGUGAUUUGAUGCCCUGCUGAGCUCUGAGCAAUCACUGAUGAACAAGACGAGCACAGGCCCUGCCUUCAUGGAGCUUACACCUAGUGGAGACGCGGUCCUUAGAUAGUGUCGCUAGAAAAUGGCCUUUAAGAGUGAAAGGAGAAGAGAAAAGUUUUGAAGAAAAGAUUCCUAACUUUAAAAUGCUUGGAAGCCGCAGAGUAUUUUCCAAAAUCCCUAGAUUGUGAAGACUUAGAUGAAAAUCAGCUGUUAUUGUGUAAAUAUGUCAGUUUUUGUUAAUCAAAUACUGCAGUGAUGCCUUAAGGGGCUGGUGCUUAAUCAAAAAUACCAUGUGGAGCGAGGAGCACGGUGAUGCUGGGAGUAGUGUGUGGUUCUCUGUUUAUGGAACUGCCAGAUGCUCCCUGGGGCCUCUUCUUCAUGGGGGUUUGCGACCUUAGGGAUGAUACAUGCUUAUGUUAAUUUACAUUAGAUGGUGUAUAAGUGGCUUAGAUGGUGUAAUAACAUGUCUGCUGUCUGAGGGGCUCAUAAAUAAGAAAUAAAAUACACACAGAAAAGA